GUGUUUUUAAUCCGCUGAUUUUUUUCUACCAACCAUAAAGAUAUUGGUACCCUAUACCUGAUUUUCGGGGCCUGAGCAGGGAUAAUUGGAACAGCAUUAAGCCUAUUAAUUCGUGCAGAACUCAGCCAGCCUGGAACUCUUCUAGGAGAUGACCAAAUUUACAAUGUAAUUGUCACAGCUCAUGCAUUUGUCAUAAUCUUCUUCAUAGUUAUACCAAUCAUGAUUGGUGGGUUUGGAAACUGACUUGUACCACUAAUAAUUGGAGCACCAGACAUAGCAUUCCCACGAAUAAAUAACAUAAGUUUCUGACUUCUACCGCCAUCUCUACUACUACUUCUAGCCUCAUCUGGAGUUGAAGCAGGUGCAGGCACAGGCUGAACAGUAUACCCGCCAUUAGCUGGAAACUUAGCCCAUGCUGGUGCCUCUGUAGAUCUAACUAUUUUUUCCCUCCACCUGGCCGGAGUAUCAUCAAUUCUUGGGGCUAUUAACUUUAUUACUACAGCAAUCAACAUAAAAGCACCAGCCAUAUCACAGUACCAAACACCACUAUUUGUGUGAUCAGUGCUUGUCACAGCUGUUCUUCUACUUCUUUCUUUACCAGUACUUGCCGCAGGCAUCACCAUACUACUAACAGACCGAAACUUAAACACAACUUUCUUCGACCCGUCAGGGGGUGGAGAUCCAAUCUUAUACCAACAUCUAUUUUGAUUCUUCGGCCACCCUGAGGUAUACAUCUUAAUCCUACCAGGAUUCGGCAUAAUCUCACAUGUCAUUACCUAUUAUACCGGUAAAAAAGAGCCAUUUGGGUACAUAGGGAUAGUCUGGGCAAUGAUAUCCAUUGGGUUCCUUGGUUUUAUUGUAUGAGCCCACCACAUAUUUACAGUAGGGAUAGAUGUAGAUACCCGAGCCUAUUUUACAUCAGCAACAAUAAUUAUUGCCAUCCCGACGGGAGUAAAAGUAUUCAGCUGACUAGCCACCCUGCAUGGCGGUAUGAUUAAAUGAGAUGCUGCUAUGCUCUGAGCACUUGGUUUUAUUUUCCUAUUUACAGUCGGAGGUCUAACAGGCAUUGUACUAGCCAACUCAUCAUUAGACAUUGUACUCCACGACACUUACUAUGUAGUAGCACACUUCCAUUAUGUCUUAUCCAUAGGAGCCGUAUUCGCUAUUAUAGCAGGAUUCACCCAUUGAUUCCCACUUUUUACUGGGUAUUCACUACACCAAACCUGGACAAAAAUCCAUUUUGGUGUAAUAUUUGCAGGUGUUAACAUAACCUUUUUCCCUCAACAUUUCCUUGGCCUAGCCGGAAUACCACGACGUUACUCUGACUACCCAGAUGCUUACACUCUAUGAAAUUCUAUCUCAUCAAUCGGAUCUCUAAUCUCCAUAGUAGCAGUAAUCAUAAUAAUAUUUAUCAUCUGAGAAGCAUUCUCUUCAAAACGUAAAGUAAUAACAGUCGAACUCAUAACCACAAACGUAGAAUGAUUACACGGCUGCCCACCUCCAUAUCAUACCUAUGAAGAACCAGCUCACGUACAAACCCAAGAAAGG